AUGAAUGUGCAUGAUGCUUUUCUUCAUGGUGACUUAGAGGAGGAGGUCUAUAUGACAAUACCUUCGGGUUUUUGGGCUUCUGGUCUAAAUAAGGGUGUUAUGUGGUUGUAUGUUCUCAUAUAUGUGGAUGAUUUGUUGAUUGGUGGAAAAAUUUCAGGUGCUAUUUAUCGGUUUAAGGAGUAUCUGAGUGAAUGCGUUAAGAUGAAAGAUUUGAGUCAUUUAAAAUAUCUUCUGGGUAUUGAGGUAGCUUAUUCUUCACAAGGUAUCGACUUGUCUCAACGGAAGUAUACUUUGGAUAUUGUUGAUGAAUGUGCGCUGUUAGUCUCUUGGCCGUUUGACACUCCCAUGGAACAGAAUCACAAGUUACAAAUUGAUGGAGACGGUCCCUAUGCUGACCCAGGACAAUAUCGUCGUAUUUUCAAGCGUUUAAUAUACCUUACGGUAACUCGCCCUGACCUUUCUUAUGUUAUCCAUAUUCUUGCGCAAUUUCUAAAGAAACCGCAAGUUAAACAUUGGGAGGCUGCACUUCGGGUGGUUCGCUAUCCUAAAGGUUGUCCUGGACAGGGGCUUUGGUUGAGUGCCAAUAGAGACCAAACACUUUCUGCUUACUGCAAUUCUGACUAUCAGUCUUGUCCUAUUACACGGUGA